UGCUGGGGGUUUCCGGCGACCCGGGGACUGGGUGACCCUUAAUGCAACCCCUAAUUCUAGGGUAGUCAGUCCAGGGGAACCUCCUCCCCAUUUACCUAGUUGAACUUGGUUAAGAGUUCUGUGUGUUUCCGUAACGUCGGGCUGAGAUUUUUUACUGUUUGACAAUGAAGGAAGAAAUUCAGCGACUGCUGGUGCAGUUCAAGGAUGAGAGUGGGGAGGUUCUGGGGUCACCUUUCGAUGUGCCCAUUGACAUAACACCUGACAAACUGCAACUCGUGUGCAAUGUUCUGCUGCCCAAGGAGGAUCCAUUGCCAUUGGCUUUCUACGUGAAUGAAACUGAAAUCGUCACUUCACUCGAGAAGACGCUGCAAGAGCAGCAAGUGGAGACUGAAAAGAUUAUUGACAUAAUUUACCAACCACAAGCAGUGUUUCGGGUUCGGGCAGUGACACGAUGCACAAGCUCCUUGGAAGGGCACACGGAGGCUGUCAUUUCUGUGGCCUUUAGUCCCUCUGGAAAGUACCUAGCUAGUGGAUCAGGAGAUACCACUGUGCGGUUCUGGGAUCUGUCGACAGAAACUCCACAAUUUACGGCCAAAGGUCACAAGCAUUGGGUAUUGAGCAUAGCCUGGUCUCCUGACGGGAAACGGCUAGCAUCUGGAUGCAAGAAUAGUCAGAUAUUCCUAUGGGAUUCCAGCACAGGAAAACAAAUUGGAAAGGUUUUGACGGGACACUCUAAGUGGAUCACAUAUCUCUGCUGGGAACCGCUACAUGUGAAUCCACAGUGCCGUUACCUGGCCAGUUCAUCAAAGGACUGCAGUAUCCGGAUAUGGGAUACGUUGCUGGGGCGUUGCGAUAAAAUCCUAACAGGGCACACACAGUCAGUAACCUGCGUGAAGUGGGGUGGUGAUGGUCUCCUCUAUUCAUCCUCGCAAGAUAGGACUAUUAAAGUGUGGCGGGCCGAAGAUGGGGUCAUGUGUCGAACGUUACAGGGUCAUGCACACUGGGUAAACACAAUGGCACUUAGUACAGACUAUGUACUGCGAACUGGAGCCUUUGAACCUGCUGAAGCCACCAUUGUACCCCGGGACGCGAAUGAUUCUUUGGAAGAACUGAAGCACAAAGCUUUGCAGCGAUACGAGCAAACACGGGGUCAGGGGCAUGAGCGGCUGGUUUCGGGAUCAGAUGACUUCACCCUUUUUCUCUGGAAGCCCGCGGAGGACAAGAAGCCCUUGGCCCGAAUGACGGGCCACCAGGCUCUAAUAAAUGAAGUCUGCUUCUCUCCAGACACCAGGCUUAUUGCCAGCGCGUCAUUCGACAAGUCGGUAAAACUGUGGGAUGGCCGGACUGGCAAAUAUUUGGCAUCUCUCCGAGGUCAUGUGUCGGCUGUGUAUCAGAUUGCGUGGUCAGCUGACAGUCGGUUGCUGGCAAGCGGCAGCAGUGACAGCACAUUGAAAGUGUGGGAUGUGAAGGCACAGAAGCUGUCCGUGGACUUGCCUGGUCAUGCAGAUGAGGUUUUCGCUGUUGAUUGGAGUCCUGAUGGACAAAGGGUGGCAAGUGGUGGAAAAGACAAAGUGUUGAGAAUCUGGAGAUGGUGAUGGUGUAGAACAGAUCCACCGUUUUGAAGCAAUCAUGGACUUCUGCCUGGAUGUCACCUUCACCAGACUGACUUUCAGUGAAGGAAAUGGGUUCCUGAACUCACAGUGACAAAAUAAACCAAAGUCCAUUUUUAACCAUGUGCGAUUCCAGGAGUUUUGCCAGCAUAUUUGUGGGGAUAGAGGAGAUAAGACCCAUCAUUCCCUAAUUUCAUCUAUCAUCUGUCCCAUCGCCCACUUCCAAGAAAGCCUCGAGUCAGUGGCCAAACAUUUGGAAACAUGGACCUUUUUGCAAUGUUACUGCUUGGGAGCUUCAUUACUGAGAAAGUAGAAACGCACUCGGCCAAUUAGCGAAUGGUCUCAAAACAGUUCCUUUGUAACCUGAGGCUGACCUCAGCACACAGAUUUAGCUGUGCUGAGCCAGGACAAAUUUCUCUGCUUGCAUCUCUCUCUCCAACCUCUCUGCUACUCCAUUGUGUCAGUCAACCACAAAUUUGUCUGGACAAAACAGUCAGGAAGAAGAUUGUAUGUAUGCCUUUUAAGUUCAGUUUAAGUUCAAAUUCAGAUUUUCCAACAGAUAGAGAGCAAUUAAAUUUCACCGUUGAAGGCUGGAAGAGGUAGCUGUUGUUACCUCAAUAUUGCUGGUGGUCACCAAAUAAUAUCUAGGCAAGGAGGAGGAGUUGUUUUUGAUUGGUCUCAUUGAGGACAUGCAGUUGAAACAGCCUUGGCUUCAGUGACCUGGCUUUGAGUGCUGGCUGUGUGGAGAUAAUAUGGAUUUCCUCCGGUGCUUGGGUUUCUUUCGGCAUCCCAAAGUUGUGUUGGUUGAUACCAGCUCCUAUAAGUUGACUUAAGUGUAAAUGGGAGGCAGGGGAAUCGGUGGAGUCAGGAGUUAGUAGAUGACACGGGAGACAAAAUGGUAUCAUUGUAGAUGGAUGUUUGAUGCUGGUGUGGAUGCAGGGGGCUGAAGGACCUGUAUCGCUCAUUGAUUCAGAGUUAACGUGCUGCCAGUGUUAGAGCAAUGCGAGUGGAGGCUAAUCAACAGAUUCUCAGCUGGGCUGAAGCAAUUCUGCAGGAAGGACAUUUUCCGAAAGAAGAGCAAGUGCGAAAAUAAAGGUUAUUUCCCCUUAUUCUUGAGAACGUCAGUGCUCUACAGUCUGUUCAGAGGAAUAGCACAACAUUUCAAUAAACACAGUAGCAUAGUUGGCACAAUGCUACUACACUUUGAAGCAUCAGAAUUCCGUAAGGUUCUCCCCGUGACCACGUGAGUUUCGUCUGGGUGCUCUGGCUGCCUUCCAUUGUCCAAAGCUGUGCUGAUUAAUUGGUGAUUGUAAAUUGAUCUGUGAUUAGGAUGGUGCUAAGUAGGUGGGUUGCUGGGUGUCAUGGCUUGCUGGACUUGUUCCACGCCGUAUCUCAAAAUAAGUUAAAUCUCUGAAUUUAAAAAUUGUUGUUUUAAAAUGCUGUUGAUAAAGCAUUCUAUAGGAUGACUAUGGAUUAUGGAGUUAAAGGAAGCAGAAGGUUGAGAAGUUAUAGUUAGGAGAUAUAUCUCAAUUUUGACUUUAAUUAAAUGACACAGUGAUCUCACCUUUGAUGGAACCAUAUCCCCAAGUGUUUGUCAGGAGAGGUGUCAGACAAAAUAUAACAGAGACAAAGAAGGAGCUUAUAGUUCAAGUGACCAGAAUAUCGAUCGAGGAGGCAGGUUCUAAGGAACAUCUUACAGGAGAAAGGUGAAGAGAUUUGGGAAGAAAUUCCUAAUUUUACUGACAUUAAUUUUGUUCUCACCCACAGUGGGAAAGCUUUUACUCACUGUACUGGAAAUACUUUAUUGUGGAUUAUUUUUUGAAGUUGAAAUGAUUGUCCUGGGGUCCAGGGCAGGAAUUGGACGGGUUCCUUGAACAGUUAGAAUGACUUACAUAGUAUAUAAUCCACAGAGAGGCAUGUUGGAAUCCUACAUGCAUCUAUUAAUAUCACGGCAGAAAAACCUUUUCACUAUAGUCCUGCAAUAAAUUCAUUAUUCAUGAUCAGUGCAUUAAAAUAUAGUUACUGCACUUAUAGAGUCUUGGUCUAUAUUGGGAUUUGUGCAGGACUCUCUGGCACCCAUGAUGAAUCUUACCCAUUCUGGUUUAUUCCUUCUCUCUCAUACUUCAUUCCUUCUCCAAGUGGUCGAGGUUAUAACCACUCACUACCAAUUGUCAAUUCUUCCAUAAGGACAAAUUAGCCUGAUAUCUUUCUGUAUCCAGAGAUACCGGCCACGUGACAGAUGCACUGCCACCUGACUGGUCGGAGGACACACCACAUGCCAAUCAACAUUUGGUCCCUCCCAACUAAUCAAUGCACACCUAAAUUAUUGGUCACCUUAAUUGGAUUAUCUCACCCAGCCCCAUGCAAUAAAAGGUGAGACUUGCCCUUGCAAACACGAGGAAAUCUGCAGAUGCUGGAAAUUCAAACAACAACACACACAAAAUGCUGGUAGAACACAGCAGACUAGGCAGCAUCUAUAGGGAGAAGUGAUGUCGACUUUCCCUAUAGAUGCAGACUUGCCCUUGGCUAGCUCUCUCUUACAGACCAACACAGUGGAGGUAACUGCAUUGAUUUAUGCUUGGAAAGGUCUAUCAUUUGUCCUGGUAAGGGAGCCACAGCUAUCCAAGGUCAAGGGGGAUAGCUGUUGUAGUGCUUUUCCCUUGUUCUUUGUUUGUGUAACCGUACCCUGUCCCCACGCCGCUUCCUGUGUAUUGUAGUUGCUUGUGUUGACCCGACUUCCCCUUGUAAAUAAAUUCCUUAUUAUUAAAACUGUGUGUG